AUGGCGGCCUGGUUGGAUCGUGACCCAAGCCCAUCCAGACUUAAUAUAACUCAGGCAGAUAAAAAGGACUCCUCCUCAUCUGAAACACUUCUCACAGAGCAGGUUGAAUGGGAUGCACUAACCCUGGCUACUAAGCAGAAUAUUUCUAACCUACUGAAAGUCUUCAGACAGGUGUUGACUGCGGGCCUUGAUGUUCUCCGAACGGAGGUUCAGAUGGUGACUGUGCAAACACAGGCCUCAGUGGAAGGUAUCUUGGAUUUAAAACAAGAGGUACAAGGUUUGAAAGAAACUAAUGCAAUCUUUGCAAAAUACCAUGAUUAUGAGUGGAACUGGCUGAGGACUGUAACCGACGCACAAAUAUAA